GUUCACUUUAUUUUCUUAAAUGUACUCUACAUGCGAAAAACAACUUCCUGGAUAAAUAUUUUAGCAUGCUUUACAUCAACAUUCACAUCGCAAACAUCUUUUGUGAACAAGAUAUUGUCAUAAAUUUAAAACUCUUGUUGGUCAACUGAACAAAAUGGCGAGUUUCACGUCCAAUCCUGGCCGAUUAGAAGGUAACAAGAAUGUGAGUUACAUGGGGAUGUUGAGGCAAUGUUUACCUCGCAGAGAUCUUGCUUCAGAGGAAGCUAAGAAGAUCGCGAGUCGUUACAGCAUAGACAAGCCUGAUUUCUACUUCGCUAAUCAUCACCAGGUAGGUAACUGGGCGGCUUCAGUUGGACUAGGCGAGUUCUCUCCCCUGUUUGUGCACUAUUUAAUCAACGGCAGACGACUUCUAACGCUCGACGCACUGGCGUUAGAGAAACUAGGCUCUAGAAAUGUGGAGAAGAAUCUAAGAAUGGAAAAUGCUAUAAGAGAUCUGCGGCACCAGCUUCUACGUGAGAGCGAAACGUUUGAGACUCUGCCUUACUUCACCACACAGGCUCUCAACCUGGGGCGAUGGCCACCGCAGCGUUACCAUCGUCAGCUGUUUCAGUUCACCGACCCUUGGCUAACGGAGAACUACAAUUUCUUGGACAUAAGUGCCAAUGACCUUUGCCUGAGACUCAAGAACCAUUACCCGCCGCGACCAUACAUGAACACCAGGGCGAUAUGACGUUAACCUCGUAGUGCGUCGCAAUUUUGGAAAUGUCAUCACAAAUGUCCAAAUAGUAAAUAGGAAUUUAUUACAUUUAUUUCUAGGAUAAAACUUGCAAUAAUGAGAGCAAUGGCAGCAAUUGAAAGAUGGUCUCGCUUCACUCAA